AUGGAAGAGGCCUCGGGAUUAAGUCCAAACAACAUAACUUACGUAGCGGUGCUGGAUGCCUGCACGGAGAUGGGAGCUCUCGACAAAGGCAGACAGGUUCACGCGUCCAUUCCCGAGAAGCAGCUGCGUUCCUCCAUCGAAGUCGGGAUCGCCCUCGUCAAUCUCUAUGGCAAGUGCGGGAAAGUGAUUGAAGCUCAGCGAGCCUUUGACGGCAUGGAAGUCCGAGACGUGAUACUCUGGAGCUCGCUCAUCGCAGCCUACGCUCAGCUUGGUCACGUAGACGAGACGCUGCUGCUCGUGAAGACCAUGCAACACGAAGGCUUGGAGCCAAACCGAGUGACUUACGUGAGCGUCAUCUCGGCUUGCAGCCACGCUGGGCUCAUGGAGGAAGCUUACAGCUAUUUCCUGGCGAUGAUCCAGGAUCACAACAUCGCUCCCACUUGCGAGCACUACCGCUGCAUCGUGGAUCUCUUGGCUCGAGCCGGGCAGCUCGACGAGGCCGAGAAGCUCCUCACCAAGAUCGAGAACAUUGGACCGCUGGCCUGGAUGACAAUGCUCGCGGCUUGCAAGGGCCAGGGCGAUCUCGGACGAGCUCGAAGAGCUGCCAAGCUUGCAAUCAAGUUUAAUCCAGGCUCCUCCGCGGGAUACAUAGCUCUCUUCAACACCUAUCUUGGAGAGACGACGGAGAGCUCGAGUUAA